AUGCAAACAAUUACCGUUGAUGCCCUCAUCUGUGGUGGGGGCAUGUCAGGCCUUGCCUGUGCCUCUUUUGCCGCGUCCUCUGGGGCUAAAGUUCUCGUUGUAGAGAAGCAGUCCACCGUGGGCGGGUCAUCCAAUUACUCCGCAGGGAUGUUCUGGGGUCCCAAGUCCUACUCAAGUCUGCGCUCAUGGGUACCAUGGGGAAAUGCCGAUCUCCAAGCCGCCUGGAUGCAAGACUACCUCCCGGCCGUACAAUGGAUGCGUGAAAAUGGUGUCCCAGUGGCGCAGAGAUUUGAUGGUAUUAUGACAAUUGGCAUCGGUUUCCCAAUCAAUAUCCCUCAUCUCCAUGCAUAUCAUCAGCAGCGCAUCAGAGAUAGCAAUACCGGCUCACAAAUAUUCACCAAUACCGCGGUGGUGAAGCUCCUGCAGGAAGUUCCGGGAGUCCCUGGAUCGCGCGUUAUUGGGGCGGUUAUUCGUCGCGCGGAUGGUGCACACUACGAAGUUCGAGCAAAGCGGGUUGUUCUAGCCACUGGGGGAUUUCAAGGUAACCCCAGGCUACUGUCUAUGCAUAUGGGCCAACAUGCAGACGACAUGUUUGUGCGAUCCAACAAGGGAUCGGUGGGAGACGGUUUGAUCCUAGGAACACAAGUAGGUGCAGGUAGCAGUCGUGGGAUGGGCACCUUCUAUGGUCAUUUACUCGCGGCGCCUCUGCAGGCCGAGAAGGUCGACCCACGGGAUUAUUUGCCGUUGGCACAAUAUCAAAGCAAACAUUGCCUGCUUAUCAACGAGAGCGGCCGGAGAUUCGCGGAUGAGACGACCGGCGACGAGAUUAUCAAUCAGUAUCUCGCGAAGCAAGAGAAACGGCGAGGAUUUCUUCUCUUCAACGAUCGCACUCGGACCCAGCACUGCAUCUCCGCACCGUUCCCCAACGCGGGUGAGAUCGAUCGUCUAGCCAAAGCUCAGGAACACGGCUGCCGUGUCGGUAGUGCGCCGAGCAUCAACGGGCUGGUCGACAUACUCAAAGAAUGGGGAGUAAACGAGACACAGGCUCGAAGGACAAUUGAACAAUAUGAUCAGGUCAUCCGGCUAGGUAACUCGACUGUGGCGUUAGAUGCCCCUGUCGGGGCAGGCGGAAAACCUCCAGUCCCCUUAGUAGAGGGCGACGGACCCUUCUUUUGUAUGGAAGUGCAGCCAUCAAUUACAUUCACGUACGGUGGCAUUAGAAUCGACCCUAGGGGCCGCGCGUUGACGACCGAUGGAAAUCCCAUCCCAGGGCUGUUAGUUGCUGGGGUUGAUGGAGGAGGGUUCAGUAACCUCGGAUAUGCGGGCGGCUUGGCUCUUGCCUUUGUGACGGGCUUCUGGGCUGCAAAGGCAAUUGCGAUCGAGUUGAAUCUGCCGGUCCCUAGCUUGCCAGCCGCAGACCAGCGAGAUGCAGUAGAUCGAGACGUUGGAAUGGGAAGUAAACUGUAA